CCGGUGGCGGCGGGGAUGGCGACCUACGUGAGCGAGCUGGAGGCGGCCAAGAAGAGCCUGAGCGAGGCGCUGGGCGAGAACGUGAAGCAGUACUGGGCCAACUUGAAGCUCUGGUUCAAGCAAAAGAUCAGUAAGGAGGAGUUUGACCUGGAAGCACGCAGGCUUCUCACACAAGACAAUGUCCACUCUCACAACGAUUUCCUCCUGGCUAUUCUUACCCGAUGCCAGAUCUUGGUUUCUGCACCAGAAGGUGCUGGAUCUCUGCCAUGGCCAGCUGGCUCUGCAACUAAACCUGGAAAACCCAAAGGAAAGAAAAAGAUUUCUUCGGUUCGUCAAAAGUUUGAUCACCGGUUCCAGCCUCAGAAUCCAUUGUCUGGAGCUCAGCAAUUUGUGGCAAAGGACCCUCAGGAGGAUGACGAUUUGAAGCUGUGUUCUCAUACCAUGAUGCUUCCUACACGUGGCCAAUUAGAAGGAAGAAUGAUCGUAACUGCAUAUGAGCACGGGCUGGACAAUGUGACCGAGGAGGCAGUGACAGCUGUUGUUUAUGCUGUGGAGAACCAUCUCAAGGAUAUUCUGACAUCGGUGAUAUCCAGGCGGAAAGCCUAUCGUCUGAGGGAUGGCCAUUUCAAGUACGCCUUUGGAAGCAAUGUUAACCCUCAGCCAUAUCUGAAGAACAGUGUUGUGGCUUAUAACAAUCUAAUUGAGUGCCCUCCAACCUCUGCGACACCUUCUGCGGGUCAGAGUCUCACCCCCCAGCCCCCGCCCGAUGAUGCUGAGCAGCAGGCAGCUCUGCUCCUCGCCUGCUCUGGAGACACCUUACCAGCAUCCCUCCCACCAGUGAACAUGUAUGACCUUUUUGAGGCAUUACAGGUGCACAAAGAAGUUAUUCCUGCACACACUGUCUACGCUCUAAACAUUGAGAGAAUUGUCAUGAAACUCUGGCAUCCAAACCAUGAGGAGCUACAGCAGGAUAAAAUCCAUCGCCAGCGCCUGGUGGCAAAGGAGGGCCUUCUGCUCUGCUAGAGCCAGGCAGCCAUGUCAGGCCUCAGCCAGCCACAGUGCUGUUCCUUGGACUUGAUAUUCAAAUAUGUCUUACAAACCUGUGUCAGCAUUUCAAGGAUGACAUGAGUUUUGAGUCAACUUUUCCUAUGGAAAUACGACUGACUUGUGGUACGCUUUCUCUGCUUCCCCGGAGUCGUGUGCCAUGGAGCACUUGCAGCAAUCCCACUGAAUUGGAAAGGAGAAACAAGAGAUUUGAUUGCAAAGACUGUUUUUUUUUUAAGGAAAAAUAAAUGCAAGAGUGGAAAGAAUUGAUUUUAAA